CCUGAAACAGUCAGGUCCACCCAGGGAGACCUCAGCUCAUCCACCUGCACGCCGCUCCCCAGGAGUCUACGGCAACGUCAGAGCCAAGAUGGGGCGGAAGGAGAUCAUCUGUAGCUGGAAGAAAAGCAUCAGUAACAUCAAGGAUGUGUUUGACUUCAAGGGGAAAAUGGGCUCUGGCUCUUUUUCGGAGGUUUUUAUGGUGAGAGAGAAGAAUACGGGAAAGCUAUAUGCCCUGAAAUGCCUGAAGAAAAAACAUCUUGCUAAUAGCAACCUGGAGAAUGAAAUCCAAGUACUGAGAAGGAUAAAGCACGAGAACGUGGUGGGACUUGAGGAUUUCUAUGAAAGUCGAACACAUUAUUACCUGGUCAUGCAACUGGUGUCAGGCGGAGAGCUGUUUGAUCACAUUUUAGACAAGGGGGUUUACACAGAAAGAGAUGCCAGCAAAGUGAUCAAACAAGUCCUGCAGGCUGUCAGCUACCUGCAUGAAAACAGCAUAGUACACAGGGACCUUAAGCCUGAGAACCUGCUGUACUAUAACACAGAUGAGAACGCUAAGAUCAUGGUCAGUGAUUUUGGCCUGUCUAAGACCCUGGAUCAUGGUGUGAUGUCCACAGCCUGUGGUACACCAGGAUAUGUUGCCCCUGAGGUUUUGGCCCAGAAACCCUACAGCAAAGCAGUGGACUGCUGGUCCAUUGGAGUUAUCACUUACAUCCUGCUUUGCGGCUACCCUCCAUUCUUUGAAGAAAAUGAGACCCGUCUGUUUUCAAAGAUCAUGAGAGCCGAGUACGCCUUUCAUUCACCCUUCUGGGAUGACAUCUCUGAAUCAGCCAAAGACUUUAUCCGGAAUAUGAUGGAGAAAAACCCCACAAAACGCUUCCUCACUGAGCAGGCACUCAGACACCCCUGGAUUGCUGGAAAUGCAGCUAAGGACCUCGACAUUCAUCAGUCUGUCUGUGAACAGAUGGAGAGAAACUUUGCCAAAUCCAAAUGGAAGCAAGCCUUCAAUGCAGCCUCUGUAGUCCACCACAUGAAGAAACUGCAGUUAUCCCACAGUGAGCCCUCCCCCUCACCCCUCUCCAUGCCCCACAUCAUAGUACAGUCCUCCUCCCAGAAUGACCUUGAGAUGCUGGGGCCCUGCCACGAUGAGGGUGAUGCCCUCGACCCAAAUGGGAAUCCCGUUCAUGCUGUGGACAGAGAUGUCCAUCCACCUCUGAGAGCCAGUCACAGUGAGCCUGGCAAUGUCCUCACAGUUGAUGACACAAGAGAGGUCAAUAAUUUCCAUUCAGAGAGAGACACUUCUUUCAGGCCAACCAAGAGUCUGGAUGCUAUGGCUCAGAGGAAGGACCUGCCACUUCAGUCUGGAGUGUGUUCAGUCAUGUGAAUGGCUGUCCAGUCUGAGAUAAAUCUCAUGCAGAUUGUCUCUUUACUUGAUGGUACUCAGUGACAUCCAUCUUGGCGUGAAGGUGUCGAUACGCCUGCUGCCCAGCUUUUUCAUGCCUGUUCUGGUCCGUGCUUCAGAAAACACAUUCCAUCAACAGACACACACAGUAUCUACAGUGUACACAGACUCUUUGUGGGCAAUGGACACCACAGUGAAACAGACACAGGCAGAAAUUCAUCAUUUUGAAUUCAUGCAAAAUGCUGUUAAGUUGAUGACAUUUAUUUUCUCAAAACUAUUAUAUAUUGUAUGUUACUGUCAAUGAGUUACUAAAUGUCAUCCAUUGUAAAUGUAUUUAUUUUUAAUAGAUUUAGCUGGCAUAUGCAAUGUGAAAGCUAAUAUGAUUGUUUGGAGUUUGUUUGAGACUGACAUGGCUGUACCUUUACCUCUAAUGGCUUCUCAGUUUUUAUAAAGCUGUUAAGCUUUUUCAGGCUCUAGAACCAACUAGAGUCAUGGUUUAUAUCUUAUAUAACUUACUUUAUUUUCACCGUUUGAAGGAAUGUUCCUUUGACUGUAGUGUUGGGACUGUUGCAGGUUUAUGGAUGAUAUUGUUUUUGUUUUGUUUUUUUCAUUUUUGGAUUAGAAAUCUACAAAGAUGAUGGUUGGAAAAUUGUCAUUUUAUUAAUGAGAUAAACUUUAUUUUAUGGUGGAGUCCCUGACACACUGCUGGGUGUUUGCUGUGUUUUCUGUAGCAUGUACACAAGCUGCUCUCUUGUCAAACAGCUGAACUCAUGAAGUGCCACAAGCUGAUGUAAAGACACUGUCAGCACUUCUGUCAUGGAUGCUUCUGAAUUCACAAAUGUAGUGACGUACACAUACAUAUUUUUUGUAUUAUUUUCGCAAUAAAUAUGUAGUAACUUUUAUUUGAAUACUGUGGAUUCUGCAAAAAACAGCAGAUGCAAACCAGACAAAUAGAUAAUGUAACAAUCACUUUCUCUCCAGUUCUUACAAAGCCAAAUACAAUACAUAACAAAUAAGUUGGCUAAGUGUUGCUCUGUCAUGGUUGUAGCCUUUUGCAAGAUAAAUGAUGAAAACUCUUAAUAUCACAAUGUUUUUGACCAAAUAUUGACUGAUGUAUCCAUAGAAUGUAGUAAUAACAGAAGCUACAGUACCAUCAACACAUGUCUUUAAUUCUCAGUGUAUUCCAGGAGUUAUUCUGUGAUAAGCAGCAGUCAUUUACAUCUCCCUUAACUCUCCUUCUGUCUCAUUCAU